UUCACAACGAGUUGAUAUGGAAAUGAGAUAUUAGAAGGUGAUCUCACUUGAAAUGCAAGAGGUUAAGACUUUUGAAAUUAGUCUUUUUCUAUCAAACUAAACAAGACCGUACUGGUUGUUCUAAACAAUUUAUACACGAAACCGUUCGGAGGUCAAUAGUUCAGUCUGGCUCUAUGUGUGGAAUUCAUUACUACACGCAAAUUGGCGGGCUAAGGUUUGUCUGAGAACACGUCCGGAAGAACCGCAUUGCGCAACUACUACAGGCUGACAUAUUUGCAGAGAUUAUGCAUCGACAAGUAAGAUCUAAAGAAAACCCAUGCUACGAAAUGAGCAGGGCUCAUGGAACUCCUCGUAGCCUCCACAAGGCUGAUGGCGACAAGGAAAACAAAACAACCGGAAAGGUUAACAAAACGAAACCAAAGUCCACACCGACUAUAACGGGGCAAAAAGAACUCGAGAAGAUUGUCGAGAUUCGUCAAUUCGACAUGAGUUACGAUGGGGGAGUAUAUGAAGUCAUCAGCAACUCUGACGCCAAAACACUUCCACAGGACAGAGAGCCACGGUUUGGGAAUAACCACAGGGACGCAAUGUACGACACAUUAAACACGAUAACACAAGCAACGCAACAGCAAAUGGAUUUAUUUCGUCGUAUGAUGUAUCUCAUGACGGUGCUCCUCUUGAUAGUCUUCCUGACGGCUACAAGCGGCCUAAUCUUGACUGUCAUGAUGCUCAUGUCGGACAACACCUUGAGUUCGAAUCAGCCCACUUCCUCGCCAGAAACUAAAGGAAGUACAUCGACCAGAUGUGGAGAAAGUACGUUACUCCAAGAGUUAAAAGUGAAGAUAUCAGAACUAGAGGAAGCAUUGAAUAUCUCUCGCUCGCAGCUUGACCAGCUUGGGGUCAAACUAGAGACACAAAAGAGAGCUAUAGCAAACUUCACGACUCAGGGAUUAAGCACUGGUCCACCGGGCCCCGCAGGUCCCCAAGGACCAAUUGGACCUCGCGGCUCUAAAGGGCCACCAGGGCUUAUGGGACCUAGGGGCUUCAAUGGCACUAAAGGGAAUGUAGGACCUAUGGGCCCUAGAGGCGUAAACGGAACUCAUGGCGCACCGGGCUCCCCUGGGCCCCGAGGACCAAUGGGUCCCAGAGGGAUAAACGGCUCUCAGGGCCCAUCAGGGACCCCUGGAGUUCAAGGAUUAAUGGGCCCUCCUGGAUAUAACGCUUCACAGAGCAGCUCUGGAGCCUGGAAUGUGAGUCGCUGUCGGUACACGAACAAAAAGGAAGCUGCACAGACGGCCGGCCAAUCAGCUACCUCAACAGUUAUUUUGCGAGAAGAUGACCAUUCGGGCAUGAAGAUUGUUGGCGCCACGUGUUCAACAGAAAGAGCCGCAGAGUACGCUUUCCAGGAUGGAGAAAUUGACCCGAGUACAAACACGAUUGUGUACCGUUGCAUUUGUAAAGGAAAUUCAGGGCUGUUUAUUCAUGGUCCUAACAAAAUGGUGUGCGUUAUUCAUUACUGGAUCUGUCCCUUUACCAGUUAAAAAAAAGUAUCAUGUAAAAGCUUGAAGAUGAUUGUGUGUAUAUCCUUUAAAUUGCAGUGCUAAGGAUUAAUUUUUUGCACAAAGUAAAUAAGUAAAUGAUCAACGGCAUUGACAUAAAGUUUGCAAUCCUCUUUUUCAGGGAGUAGACAUGCAAGACCACAAAUAGCGUGCACGUAAAAUUGCUUCAUUUACAAAUCAAAUGUUACCAUCUACUUGGGAACUUUAAGUUACAUGGUGAGCACGCAAGUAAUUAGUGUUGUUCGUGAGGUAAAUUGGAAUAGACUAAACAAAGACUGAAAUUGAAGGAUUCCAUGCUUCCAUAUGAUAUUCACAAUUCUUACAGAAUUAUAUAUCGUCGAGUUGUUCAGUUGAUCCAAAGCUCUAUGAUGACAAAUUAUAAAUUGCUCCAAGGAACAAUUUUUGGCUCCUCAAAAAAGCUUUCUACUUUUGCGAAGCUCUAUGAAAAAAACAAAAAAAAAAA